UUCUAUCUAAGAUCAUUGAUACAAUGGGGACCUCAGGAGGAAGUUCUUGAAAGGGUCAGUUGGAGACUUACAGUAAGGUGCUAAUGAAGCAGCUAUUGGACCUUUUGCUGUUGAGACCUUUUGUUAUAUACAGUCCAUUAUGGAGAACAAUGUGUUGGUUUUUUAGAUGAACAAUUGUUUAUAAAGACCAUAUGGGCAUUCCAGAAAACAGGUUAUGAAACAUAACGACUGAUUCCAGAUAAACCUGAUGUUGUGAGUCAUUACAAAACUUUGUGCGUUUUGGAGUCCAUAUCACUCGGCUGAAUGACAGUUUGCUUUACGUGUCCUCCAGUGGAUCGAUCCCAGAGCGCUCUGUUAAGUAAUGUAUGUUACAGAAUAAAUCCCUAUGUAUUAAUCCGGCAUCCUGAUUAUUCGAGAACACUGUCUUCAGAUUUUCCACGACACUCACCAGGGCAACCACAAGGCAAAACUUUUUUUAAACCCAUUUGAGUGAACAGUGUCAAGUCUCCAAAGGAGGGCAUGAAGUCACCACUCUUCUUUGUGUCUGGAGUGUGGAUUGGGAUCCUGUCCUUCAGAUGGCUCUCUUAUUCAAACUCUUGGUCCGCGCGGUCUCUGUCCACUUUUGGGAAGCUGUCUGGUGAUGUGGGAGACAGGAGCCAUGUCCUUCGUCCUAUUCAUUCAGUAAAGGACCGAAGUGUGGCAGUCAAUCUCUCCAAGACGACACGACUGCUGUGCUGGAUCAUGACAGGACCCAAUAAUCUAGAGUCCAGGACCAAGCACGUCCGUGCCACAUGGGCGAAGCGCUGUAACAAAAUUCUGUACAUGAGCUCGGUGGAGACAGACUUCCCCACAGUUGGCUUGAAUGUGAGUGAGGGAAGGGAGCAGCUGUACUGGAAAACCAUCAGAGCCUUCCAGUACAUCCAUCAGCACCACUUUGAUGAAGCAGACUGGUUCUUGAAAGCAGACGACGACACCUAUGUUGUCAUGGAGAAUCUUCGCCACACCCUGUCCAAAUACAACCCAGAAGAGCCAGUGUACCUUGGCCGAAGGUUUACCCCAUUCAUCCAGCAAGGGUACAUGAGUGGGGGUGCGGGCUAUGUCCUUAGCAAGGAGGCUCUCCGGCGGUUUAUAGAUGGCUUCCAGAGAGGGAAAUGUUCUCACAGCUCCACCCUUGAGGACGUGGCUUUGGGAAAAUGCAUGGAGAUCAUGAAGGUGGAACCUGGGGACUCCAGAGAUGGGAGAGGAAGACAUACGUUUCACCCGUACCCGCCAGACCACUACCUGAUCAGACAACCACCCAGAGAACGACCAAUGCAUCUCCUCUAUGAAUACUACACUCCAAGAGAAGGCCCUGAUUGCUGCUCAGACUUUGUGGUGUCAUUUCACUACAUUUACCCAUUACAGAUGUACACCCUGGAAUACUUAACCUACCACCUGCGUCCCUAUGGGUACAAGUACAGAUAUAAUCCUAAUGAAACUACUCAACGGAGCCUUGUUUCCAAUGUAACCAGUAUCCACUAGCUAUAAUGGUUACACUACAACAACAAUUUGCUAUAUGCUGCAGGUUUGCAAUAGACCCCAGACCUCCUGUGUCUCAUAGUUGUUCUUGAGCUAUUUAUUGUUGUCACAUCUGUUAUGAAUGAUUAAGUCAAGUCUAUUUUUGUACAUUGUAUUAUUUAAUAAAAGUUAAUUGUGGUAUGAAAUGCAACAUGUCUGG